UCUUAGUUGAUGCCAAUGAAGGUACCCAAGUCACAGAUAUGCCACUGGAUGACUUUGAUGAUUUCAGUACUACUCCCCCCCACCUUUCUAAGGGCAAACAACAACAACGGACGAAUCAGACAGAUUCUCCACCUUCAAAGAGACGCAGACAACUUCCUACAACAGCUUCCACAUCUAAGAAACAACAAAUCCACACCGAACCACAGACAACUGUGAAGAAGAGUCACAAGGAUCAAAAGGUUGCUCAAAAGCCUAUUUUACGAAGUCCGCUUCACCAAAGUUGAAUGAACAAAUGAAUAGACCCCAAAACACCACAAAUCCUACGUGAUGUCCCUACUAUAUCCAUGAAAGAGGAAAUACAAUUGCUAAGGAAAGAUUUUCAAGUUUUCAAGGAAUCAGUCAUUGGUGAGUUCACAAGUGAGUUGUCAAAGCUCCGAACUUUCAUGGAUGACAACUUCAAGAAGCUAUUUGAAGCAAUCAAGGUGAACAAUUUCGUGGACAAGGCUGCCGAUAGUGAGGCGCCGGAGCAUCAAACUGAUGCUGGGAUACAGUUAACGCCUGAAGAAAACUUACGUCAUGAUUCUACCAUUCAAACAUCCCCUCCCAAACAUGAUGAUGAGUCAAUUAAGGGUGUUGGACCAAAGUUACAUGAGGAAGUUCCGGAAAUUGUAGUGACCGCCGAAAAUUUAAGAGCAGAUACACGUAAAGCUUCAUUUGAAGAGAUUAAUCGGACGAACGAAGGAACUUUCAACUCAACAGAGGGAAUGGUCGCAAAGAUGCUCAUUGAGUUGCCUCUAGAAAUUCGUGUACCAGAAGCAGGUGCGGGAAUACAACCCGGGGACAUCACUGAUCAUUCAAUUUUAGAGACUCCACACAGGUUCGAUGAGAACAUUACUAAGUCACAAUGGUUGAUCCCUGACGAAAUGUUACCAAGCCAAAUAGGUUCGUCAGGAUUAUCUGUGUUUCAUCAAACGGGUCACAAAGGAUUUGUUAUGCCAGUAAUGUCUGCUGAUAAAGGAAUACAAGAGCCAGUGAUUAAUGCGGAAGUUGUAAUUGCUCAACCAGAUGUUAUUCCAACUAGGAUAGUCAAACCUAGUAAAUACUUCAGUUCACCUUACAUGACCAAUUACGGCUCUGCAGAAGCUUCUAUUCAAAACCCCACACCUUCCAUAUUUGAAAAGAAGCAUCCAUUUGUUGAAGAUCCAAUUAAUGGCCCGCGAAAUACUUCGCUUAUUCAACAAUACCGGAAUUGGCUUGAACAGGAUCUACUUCUAAGGCAUGAUAAAAAAAAGGGUAAGGAAAGCCGUUACAAAAAGAAUAAGCAAGCUUUGGAUCCUGAUGACAUCAAGUUUGGCUUCAAUUUUGGUGUGUUACAUGUCGAUGACAAAAACUGGUUCUAUCUUUUAUCGAUGAAUGGCCAGUCUUGGAAUGAUGAGGUGCUAUAUUUCCCAUUUCCUCUUUUACCAUAUCUCUCUAUAUUUCUCUAUAUUUCCUAUAUUUCUCGAUAUUCUUUCUGUAUAUUUCUCUAUAUUUCCUGCAUCUUGACUGCAUAUUUUUUCUCGAAGCUUAUUUCAUUUUUUUUACCAAGUAUCCAUUAGACU